AUGGUUUCCUACACCAGCACCAGGAACAUAACUUUUUCCAAGGAAAGCCCUGCUACAGCCGUGGCACUGACUUACUUCGAAGAUAAUUUUUAUGUCACCCUGACAACUGGGCAGCAGCAACAGUCUGCUUUUAGGAAAAAACUCUUUGCAAUGCUACCUGAUGAGUUUUGGGAUUGGAAGGGGCAAGUGUUCCAUGCUUCUACCAUCACACAGGACUUCCAAAAGAGCUAUAUACCCGAUGGAUUUAAUGAUUAUUAUUCCACGGAUGCAUAUCCUGAGGAAGAUUACCUGAAUUACAAUGGCAAUGACUAUUUUUGCAGCAAAGACAAUGUCAGGAAAUUUGCAAGCUACUUCCUCCCACCCUUGUACUCACUUGUGUUCUUCGUGGGCAUCUUGGGCAACAGUCUUGUCAUCCUGGUCUAUUGUUACUGCACAAGAUUGAAGACUAUGACGGACAUGUUUCUUUUGAAUUUGGCCAUUGCUGACCUGCUCUUUCUUGUCACUCUACCUUUCUGGGCCACUGCUGCUGUUGAAGGGUGGAAGUUUAAGACCUUUGCUUGCAAAGUGGUCAAUAGCAUGUACAAGAUGAAUUUCUACAGCUGUGUCCUGUUGAUCAUGUGCAUCAGUGUGGACAGAUACAUUGCCAUUGCUCGGGCUAUGAAAGCACAGAGUUGGAGGCAGAAAAGACUACUGUAUAGCAAGGUAGUUUGUUUGGCUGUCUGGGUAUUAGCAACUGUACUCUGCAUUCCUGAGAUCCUGUACAGUCAAAUCAAGGAGAAGGCUAACAUGACCAUCUGCACCAUGAUUUAUCCUGGAGACAAUAGUUCUAAACUGAAGCCUUCUUUUUUGACCCUGAAGGUCAUCCUAGGGUUUUUCCUUCCUUUUGUGGUCAUGGCUUGCUGCUAUAUGCUUACAAUACAUACUCUCAUACAAGCCAAGAAUUCAUCCAAGCAUAAGGCUCUCAAGGUGACCAUCACUGUCCUUACUGUCUUCAUCUUGUCUAAUUUCCCUUACAACUGUGUUCUUUUGGUACAGACCAUUGAUGCCUACAACAAAUUCCUUUCCAACUGUGAUAUUUCCACCAGAAUUGAUAUCUGCCUUCAGGUCACCCAAAGCAUUGCCUUUGUCCACAGUUGCCUGAAUCCUGUUCUUUAUGUUUUUGUGGGUGAAAAAUUUCGUCGAGAUCUUGUAAAAACCCUGAAAAAUUUAGGUUGCAUCAGCCAGGCUCAGUGGGUCUCUUUUACAAGACGAGAGGGAAGCUUGAAGCUUUCUUCCACAUCAGUGGAAACAACAUCAGGGACACUCUACUGA